AAAAAUGUCAGUUUUGUCAUUAAGGAAGUAAGCACAUUGUGUUCAUUUUAAAAAUUACAUAUUUCACGUAUUUCCUUACACAUAAAUUGAGUAAAUAAUUAGAGAAUUGUCCAUUGUAAUUCCAAUGAUGGAGCUCUUUAUUUGAAGCAGUAUAAAUUCUAUGGAAAACACCUACACUACGCCGAGUGCUACGUAUUUUUUCCGAAGUUGAGAAGUAUGUAUAGAAAUGAAGAGAUGCGAGGCCUGCCGUAAUCGUUCAGACCGGGGGCCUCCGGACCGGCCUGGCGAUGACCGGGACCCCCUUCUAAGCUCCCCUACUAUCUUGCAGGAGGAUCCCCACGAUUUUCCGAACUUAUCGUGCGGCAUCUGCACGAUGUUUCCGUCGUGUAUGUCGCUGUUGCCGAGGAGGAACGAGCCGAGGCCGCCGAGGCCGGGGCAGGCGCCGGUCGUUCUCAAUGUCUACGAUAUGUAUUGGACGAAUUGGUACACAGCGGGCGCGGGAGUGGGCGUGUUUCACAGCGGUGUACAGGUGCACGGUUCGGAGUGGGCGUACGGAGGACAUCCGUACGCCUUCACCGGCGUGUUCGAGAUCACGCCGAGAGACGAGAGGGAGCUCGGGGAACAGUUCCGAUUCAGGCAAAGUGUACACAUAGGGUACACGGAUUUCAGCGAAGAGGAAGUCAGACGUCUUGUCACAGAAUUAGGCAAGCAGUUCCGCGGUGACAGAUACCAUUUAAUGAAUAACAAUUGUAACCACUUCACGUCCGCAUUUUGUUUGGCGUUGUGCGACCGAGACAUCCCGGCGUGGGUGAACCGUCUAGCGUACGUCAGUUCCUGUGUUCCCUUCUUACAGCGCUGCUUGCCAAAGGAGUGGCUGACGCCGACCGCGCUGCAGCACUCGCUCGCCGCGCACUCGCGCUCCUCCUCGCCCUCCUCGCCCACCACGCCGCAAUAGCGCUACGAGAAUCUGCGGCGAUGCAGAUGCAAGAAAUAACGUGUUGUGCGUAAUGUAUAGGUUUAAUACUAGUUGACACUCCAUUUGGCGCAUUGUCGAAAGUAGUACGUAAGUGCAAAGUGUUGCCAGAUUGAAUAAUAUAACUUGUAACAACGAACUCUGAUAAAACAAUAAAUUGAUCUUCCAAGACGAAAGCGAAAUACAAAUGGUUAUUCGAAAGUUAAAAAUUAAGUCGUUUUUUUUUUAUAAAACUAGCCUGUUAUAUCACAGUUCUAUAUAUUUACUAACUAUAACGCGAUAAUGUUAAUAAUUAAAUUUUUGUAAUGAUAAAUAUUUCAAAUUGUUCCCAUACUUUUUUCUUUUUAGAGAUGUUUAAAUAUUUAUAAAACUAUAGUCACAAAUUUAAAAUAUCGGUCUUGAUGUAUUCGGGCAACACUACAGAGUUUCAAAGCGAGCGUAAAUAUGUUCGUAAUAAAAAAACUCGGGCGACAAAAAGAGAGCCGACGUGAGGGCUCGAUGAGGCGAACGUGCUGAGUUCUCUAUACUGUGUUACACACAGACUUUUCACUCAACUAGAGAUGACAUUACUUAUUAAAUCAGAAUAUUAUAAAACUCAAUGGGUAUCAACAUUUUUGAAAUCGUCCCAAUAUUUUUAGCGCGAUAUAACAGUACUGAGUGUUUGAAUUCCUAAACGGUUUCAAGUAAAAAUGUUGCCCUAACUUAAAAUAAUAGACAGUCGUUUGUAGAAAAUGUUUUUAAACCCGACACGAUUUCAAAAGAUCACGGCGUGAAAGAAAAGUAUACUGCAAUAUAAAAUUAUUAUUUAUAUCUAGAGACAACGAUCAUUGCAUUGAUUGCAAUUAAAAAAAAAAAAAACAGUUUAAAGCAAUUUCAUUAAUUUUUAUUUCUAAUAACAGCUAAAAAAGCAAUAUUAAAAUGGUAAUAUUUAGAUAACCUUAUAUUAAUUGAAUUUUUUGUUUCAUAUUUAAAUUUAAAUGAAAAACUGUAUUCUAUAAAGCAUAAAAACGACUGCUCAAAAAAGUGAUUUUUGAAGUUCCUAAGAAUUGAAUAGUAUUUUGCAGUUUUUUACGACAUCCAUGCAUUUCGCUUCUUAAAUUAAAAUAUAAAAUCUCAAAACAAAAUAUAUAAAAUCACUAAAAAUUUCAAGUAAAUCGUAAUUUAAUAUAAAUAUAGUUAGUAACUAUCGUAUCUUUUUUAACUAUUUUUGCACUUCCUAACUUUUUUAUUCAACUGAUGAGCUAAGGUACAAAUAUGUUUUGUUCUUCUUUUCAUAUUUUUUACUUAUAAUAUCCUAUAUAAAUUUCAUGUUCAUUCAUUUAGGCUAAAUAAAAUGUAGAUUUAGGGUUCCGUCCGUCGAUAUUUUAUUAGACUUAAUGAUAUUGUCGUAUUCGUGCAAAUAUUAAUAAAUAUACGGA